AUGUAUGACAGACCUUACCACUACAGAGAUAAGUCAACACCCAAUCAUCAAAACUACCACAGCUUUAGAAGUGCUCCAAAAACCACACCUAACUCUUCUUUAUUCAUCAAACAAAAGCAUAAACAGAUCAUUUCAAAUUCAAAUCCAAGAGGGACUGCUACAAUGCUGCUUGCUUUAGACAAUGUGUUUGCUCAUUUGCAACAUGUUCUUGAUCGUGUGGGAAAUUUUACACCUAUUGACAUUCUUUCCCCAUAUCAAAUAACAACGAAUCAUUCACGAAGUGGAACCAACGACAAGGAUGAGAGGGAUAUAACUCCAAGCAGCAUAAAAAGAGUAAGUACACCCAAUAUACCCAGACGAGCAACUACACCAUCAUCAAGACCAAUCACCACUGGUGCAGCACGUCAUCGAAUUUCAUUUAAAUCGGAAUAUUAUAAACUACUUGGACAUUAUAACGCAUUGAUACAAUUGAUAUUAGCUAAAAACAAUGAUAUCAAUAUGCUCAAGUAUAAGCUUAAUGAAAUGGUCAAUACGAUUAUACUAAAACUUGAGAACGUGAAUCUGUUUGACGAGGAAGAAGGAAAUGAAUAUGAUAUUUGUUUAAAAGACACCGAUGAUACUAAUAUGGCUAAUGCAGUUUACGAAAAUGCUCAGAGUGUUGGACGAAGUGAAUACAAUUUCCAACGCAAAACGGAUGAAAUUAGUAAGAAGUUGAUGGAAAUAUUCAACCCACAAGAAGAAUUUGAGUCUGUUACUGUUGAUUCUUAUAUAUUGCACAAGAAGAAAAAAUUGAGAAAUUAA